AUGGCCUCCACCGGCGCACAAUCAUAUACCCUUGCUCUUCAGAAGUACAUGCUUCUGACAGAGCAACACCAAGAACUAUGCGAUCGCCUCGACCAGAUCCGACCCGAGUUCAACAUGUCAAGCUGUUCCCACAAUUCCUCACCAUCCACAUCGCCAACCCGAUCCUCCUCCUCCUCAUCACUCUCGCUCCCGCCCUCACCGAAGCGCCACUCCCGGAGCGGACGACACCACUCGCGCUCCCACGCCCGCUGCAGCGGCUGGGAGGACCGCAAUGAACUCACCACGAUUCCCGAUGAGGAGACCAUCUACGAGAUUUCAGCAGAAGAGCAGCGCCUCUCGGAGGUCAACGAGAGCAUCAAGCGCACUCUGACAGAGCUUCUCAACUGCAGUAGUGUUCGCGCCGACCGGGCGUUUAGAACAUGGGUGCAGACAAGACUCAUGGAGACUGAGAAAGAGCUUCGCAGCGGACGAAGGCGACGAAGCUCUGGAAACGAGUAA